AUGAAGACCUGUGUCAUCGCUACUCUCGUUGGUGUCGCCAUGUCGGCUCCCGCCAUGCGGACUUCCAUGGACGCGCCCAUGAUGGAAAUGGCCAACAGCCGGCCUAUGGACAUGGACAUGGGUUCCUCCACACCGGCCAUGAGGAACACCAUGAACAUGAAGGACGCGUCGUCGUCAAUGGGCAUGGCGAAGCGUGAGCGCGUGGAGAUGGGCAACAUGGCUCCGACCAUGAAGAAGACUAAGGGCAUGAAGAUGGGUUCCAUGGCCCCGGCCAUGAAGACCGGCAUGGCCACGAGGUCUACGAUGGACAUGGACAUGGCCAACCGCAACUCCGCGACCAAGGGCAUGGAAAAGAACAAGGACGUGGACGCCAUCGUCGCGGCCAUGCUGAUGGAGAUGGCCCACCGCCGUCCCGUGGCCGGCAUGGUCCGCCGCCAAUCUGAGGAGGCAUUCCAGGGAGUUGUGGAGGAGUGCAAGACGAAGCUGGCCAGCGGUGAAGUCACCUCUCUUGACAACUGCGUUCUCGACACCCUUGGCAUCAACCGCCGCCAGGUCACCGGCGAUCAGGACCAGCUGGCACAGAUCACCCAGGAGUGCACUGAAAAGACCCCCAACGGUAAAUCAACUCGAAUCCAAGGUGUUCACUAUUGA